AUAUAUCCAUACAAAUACAGAUCGAAUUGCUAAUAUAUUACAUCCUCAUACAGCUAUGGAAUUCUCUGCCCCUGUUGCUUGUGGGCGUUGUUUAUUGAUGGUGCUCGUCUUCCUGUCUUCCUCGGCUAUUGCCCAGACGACGACAACCAACUUGAGCCAAGCUGCAGCUCCGAUUGGUCGUCCAGGUUGCCCAACCCAGUGCGGAAACUUGACGGUUCCGUACCCAUUCGGAAUCGGGAGUGGAUGUGCAUUUGAUUCCAAAUUCCAGAUACUCUGCGACGGAACCGAUUACAAUCCACCAAGGCCAAUCCUCGACUUGACCUCUUUCGGCGGGAGGUCAAUUGUCUAUGGCAUAUCAGAUAGGCAGAUACGGAUUUCCGGCCUACAAGUGAUUAACAAUUGCUAUGAAUCCAACGGAACAUUGGUUUAUCGGCAAUACAUAGGUUGGAACCUGGCCGUUGGAAAAGUUGAAUAUCACUACAGCCUCUCCCCUGAAAACAAGAUAACCACCGUAGGCUGCGACGAUAUUGUCCGGAUAACGGACGGAACCACUAUGAUUACCGGAUGCACUUCCAGCUGUUCUAAUGCCUCUCAAGUGCCUCACAACGGGACUUGUUCCGGUAUCGGCUGCUGCCAAUUACCCAUCCCAAAAGGCUCCAACAAGUUCUACUCCGUUCGUAUUGUCAGUGCCUUGAACCACACCAAGGUCUGGUCCUUCAAUCCCUGCGGCCACAUGUAUAUUGGAGACACGAGUCGAUUCAGAUUCCUUGGUGCAUCUGAUUUGAGUAACCAAAAUUUUGUUCAAAGGGUUGUUGAUAGUGUUGCGCUUGUAGUAGACUGGACAAUUGGAGACUUGAGUUGCAAAGAAGCCCAAAACAGCAGUGGAUAUGCAUGCCAAGCAAAUACUCAUUGCGUAGAUUCCGACACGGGAUUCGGAGGUUAUCUUUGCAGCUGCAAUCAUGGCUAUGAAGGCAAUCCAUAUCUCGGUUGCAUCGCGAUUAGAAACUCGAGAUGCAAGGAAGCACAGAACAGAAGUGCAUAUGCAUGCCAAGCCAAUAGUCAUUGCAUAGAUUCAGACACAGGAAAAGGAGAUUACAUGUGCCGCUGUGAUGAUGGUUAUGAAGGCAACCCAUAUCUAAGUCCAGGUUGCACUGAUGUUGAUGAAUGCAUAAAUCCCGAGAAAAAUACCUGUGAACUGGAAUGCAUUAACAUUCCAGGGGGCUUCAACUGUACUUGUCAUGAAGGGUACUAUGGCGACGGUAGAAAAGAUGGUCAGGGUUGCCUUCCCUUGAACAAAAACUCAAUUUUCCCAUGGUUUAAAUUCUCUCUAGGGAUGGGAUUGGGAAUUUUUGCCUUGAUUGCAAUGGCCACUUCACUAUGCUAUAUCAUCAAGAAAACAAAUCAUGCUAACAUGAGGCUCAAGUUCUUUGAACAAAAUGGUGGCUUUUUACUAAAACAAAAGAUCACCGAUGGAGGCAGCGAUAGCUCAGACGUGACCAAAAUUUAUUCUGCCAAAGAGCUCACGGAAGCUACAAAUAACUACACUCAAGACAUGAUCUUGGGUCGAGGUGGAAAUGGCAUUGUAUUUAAAGGAAUCUUACCAAAUAUGCUCCAAGUUGCAAUUAAGAGAUCAAAAAUAGUGGAUGAGACUCAAAUUGAGCAGUUCAUCAAUGAGGUGGUUAUUCUCUCUCGGAUCAAUCACCGUCAUGUUGUCAGAUACUUGGGGUGUUGCUUGGAAGCUGAAGUUCCUUUGCUAGUAUUUGAAUAUAUCUCCAAUGGAACUCUACAUCACCAUAUCCACAACUUAGCAGGUGCACCAGAUUGGUUGUCAUGGGAAAAUCGUCUGAGAAUUGCAAUUGAAGUUGCAUGGGCACUUGCUUAUCUUCACUCAGCUGCAUCUGUGCCUAUAUUCCACAGGGACGUUAAGUCAACCAACAUAUUGUUAGACGAAAACUAUACUGCAAAAAUCUCUGAUUUCGGGGCUUCCAGGCUAAUCCCUUUGGAUCGUACACAUGUGGCAACACUAGUCCAAGGAACACUUGGUUAUUUGGAUCCAGAAUACUUCCAAACGGGUAGGUUGACAGAAAAGAGUGACGUAUACAGUUUUGGGGUAGUUUUAGCCGAACUCCUAACAGAAAGGAGGCCAGUGCCUUCAAUUAUAAGCGGGGAUGAUCGAAUCUUACCAGCAUUUUUCAUUCAAUCCAUGAAUGAGAAUCGACUUUUUCAGAUUAUUGUGCCUAGACUAGUAAGGGAGGGGACACUGGAUCAACUUCAAAGAAUUGCAGAGCUUGUGAAGAGAUGUCUUCAGCUGAAGGGAGAAGAUAGGCCUCAAAUGAAGGAAGUAGCCAAUGAACUUGAACUUAUAAGAAACUCAGUUAAGCAGUCUUCAGCCGAGCCUUCUUGUUAUAUACAUGAACAGGAUGAGUCGAUUGAUCUUUAUGCAGCUCCAAUUAGUCCAUAGUUCUGGUUACAUCAUAUCAUGUAUGAUAAUCCUACGCUUUUUCAAUUCCAUAGAUACUUCAAAAAAAUAAUGUGUUAUUUCUAGCUCUUUGUGUUUGUUAGG